GGGUAUUGUUAUAACAUAAUUGAAUGGAUGGCUCAACAAUAUCAAUUAAGAAUCACUUUCGUGCCCGUCAAUCAAUCGGAGAUUAUAAAAUUCGGAAUAACCCAAGCCAUUAUCAAUCAACUGGUCAAGACAAAAGAAGUAGAUAUUAUCCCAAUGGUACUUAUCCCAACGGUAGAACGAGCCCGUCUAAUGGAUUUUACAAUCCCUCUGCUGAUUGGCAAUAGUCGUUUGAUGCUUCGAUAUCCUGAGGAAGCGAGUCGCCUAGCUGCCGCCAUACAACCCUUUACAUUGUUGACUUGGGCGAGUUUGUUGAUAACUUUUAUAGGUAUGAUUGGGACAUUGGUCGUCUUCAGCCUGUAUCAAAAUAGUCGCAAAUCCAGACCAGUACCAAUGUCUUUUUGGGAAAUAUUAGGACGGAAUACACUUAUUACCUUAGCGCUUCUAACUGGACAAGGAUACUACAUCCCGCAGAAUCUCCGACUCCACAUCCGAAUUCCCAUCGCCCUUUGGUGUUUGGUUGCGGUCGUCAUCUGCAACGCUUACAGCGGCACUUUGACCUCAUUCCUGACGGUUACCAAAAUGAAACCAAUCAUCAAUUCUCUAGAAGAGCUGGCGAGCAGCGACCACUACAAAUUGACAGCGGAAUACAACAGCGCCUUCAACGACAAAUUUCUGAAGGCUAAAUCUGGCUAUCUCAAAGUCCUUGGGGAUUCCCUACGCCAGAAUCCCCACCUUCUCUUCCGUGAUUACAGCGAAGCCAAUGAGAACGUGUUGAAUAAAAAUGCCGUCUACAUGAGAGGUAGCAUUGACAUUUUGAGCAGGAUCUAUGAUGACAUGAAGGCCAAUAACGGGAAAUGUCGGCUGACUGCUUCGAAACCCUUUGGCGAUGUCCAAUUCUUGUCUUUCGGACUGAAAAAAGGACAAAAUUACAAUUCUGCUUUCAGUAAAGGGUUGACGAGACUGCGCGAGAGCGGUCUGUUAACUUAUUGGUUCAGUCAAAUUACACCGAAUAUCGACAAGUGCCUGAUUACCAGUAACAAUGUGGCCAAGCUCAGCAGUUCCAAGAUAAGCAGGUUAAAUAUAGUUGAUGCAUCGAGCAUUUUCCUACUUUUGAUCGUGGGAAUAUUGUCCUCCUUGAUUGGUUUCCUUGGAGAGCUCACUAUCCGCUAUCUCAAGAGAUAAGUCCUUGGCUGGAAAUCAAAUCAAUAAUCAGUCCUUUUUACUUUCU